AUGGGUAAAUUACCAUUAAUUUUGCUUUGCUUCGUAUUUUCAACAACUCGCGCCGGCCCAUUGAUUGAUUGCUAUCCCGAGCCAGGAGCAACCCAAUCCGCUUGUGAAAACAGAGGUUGCACAUGGAGUCCAGGAGACCUGAGUAAAAACGAGCCGUUCUGUUUUUUCAAAAAUGGCGUUGGAUAUACGCUCGAUUCUCAACAAGGCAACACGUAUCGACUGAGAAAAAAUAGUGGUCCCAAAAAUCCGUGGGGUGCCGAUUUGCUUGAAAUUCAACUUACCCAAAAAACGAUUGGAAGCGUUUUGAACGUGAAAAUCGGUGUCGAAGGAAGAUUCGAACCGCCUCUAGAUUUCCCAAGAGAAACACAGGAUUCAAGUGAUUCUCUCAAAUUGGUGACGUCGAAUGGCGACGACACCUUUUCGUUUUCGGUGGUCAGACAGAGCACCAAUCGCAAGAUUUUCGAUACAUCCAUUGGAGGUCUAAUUUUCGCUGACAAAUUCAUCCAAAUUGCUUCAUAUUUGCCCAGUGAGAAUAUGUACGGAUGGGGAGAAAACGCACAUCAAACAUUGAGACACGAUUUCUCAAGAUACACAACUUGGGCAAUGUUCGGAAGAGAUGAGCCGCCAAAUUCCGGAGAGCUUGACACCAAAAAUGCGUACGGUGUUCAUCCGUUCUACGUCGUCGUCGAACCCGACGGAAAAACGCACGGUGUUCUCAUUCUAAACAGCAACGCCCAGGAAGUAACAACCGCUCCCGGACCUUCGUUGAUCUACAGAACUAUCGGAGGAAAUCUCGACAUUUAUUUCUUCCCGGGACCAACUCCUGAAGAGGUCACACAACAGUAUUUGAAGUUUAUCGGAAAACCAUUUUUGCCAGCCUAUUGGGCUCUUGGAUAUCAGCUUUCUCGUUAUGGAUACAAAGGAUUGGCUGAAAUGAAAGAAAGAAUCCAGGCUGUUCGCGAUAAAGGAAUUCCAAUUGACAUUGGAGUUGCCGAUAUUGAUUAUAUGGACAGAUAUAAGGAUUUCACCACCGGAAAAGAUUGGAGUGGUUUUGACGAUUAUGUCAAACAGAUGCAUGACUGGGGAAUGAAGUUGAUUCUCAUUUAUGAUCCAGCCGUUGAAGUCGAUUAUGAUUCGUUCAAACGAGCCAUGAAUACGAAUGCUCGAUUUAUCGAAUGGGAAACGAAGGCUCAAGUUCAACAAAGCAUCCAAAAUUUGUAUCCGAUGGCGAAAGACACAAAAAUUAUGUUGGGCGUCGUUUGGCCGGAUUAUCACGUGGCAUUCCCCGACUUUUUCGAUAGCACUAAUAAAACGCUAAAAUGGUGGAUUGAGGAAUUCGUUGGAUACCAGAAACAAAUACCGUAUGACGGAAUUUGGAUCGAUAUGAAUGAACCGGCAAACUUUGGAACUAACGAAAAACAUCCUUGGUACUUUGAUAGUGAUGAUCAUCCGAACGACGAGCCGUUGUUCUGUCCAACGGAUGGAUCUAGCGAGUGGGAUCUGCCACCAUACAAAACGCACGCGGUUUGGAGAUACGGGGAUGAGUCGAAUGGAAAUUUCUUAUCGACCAAGACGCUGUGUAUGCUUGCCACACAAAAUAAUGGAAAAUAUCGACUUUAUGACACCAAAAAUCUUUACGGUCUGAGUGAAGCGAUUGCUACCCAACAAGCUCUUUUCCAAUCGACUGGCAAACGCGGAGCUGUUGUGAGCAGAUCGACUUAUCCCUCACUCGGAAAAUAUGCCGGUCAUUGGCUCGGAGACAACACGGCUCGUUGGGAAGAUCUGCGCACUUCUAUAAUUGGAGCACAAGAAUUCAAUUUGUUUGGAAUCCCAUAUGUUGGCUCAGACGUUUGCGGAUUUAUCGGAACAACUAAUGAGGAGCUGUGCCUCAGAUGGCAGCAAAUGGGAUCAUUCCAUUCAUUCUAUAGAAAUCAUAACACUAUUGGAGCUCCAGCUCAAGAUCCAGCAGUCUGGCCUUCUGUUGCAGAAGCAACGAAAGAAGCGAAUUUGUUCCGCUACCAGUACCUUCCUUACAUGUUCACUCUUCAUUUUGCCGCUUCAUUGAACGGAGGAACUGUGAUUCGACCGGUUUUCUAUGAAUUUCCAACCGAUUCGGAGACAUAUGACCUUGGAUAUCAGUUCAUGUUGGGUAGAAGUAUUAUGGUGGCUCCAGUUGUGAAAGCGGGAGCGAAAACCGUCGAUGUCUACAUUCCGACGGAUUUGUGGUACUCGCUGUACAACUACAACUAUGGAAGUUUGAUUUCACCGGGAUUCCACAAUCUUCCAGCUCCAACCACCUACAGAAUACCAACGUUCGUGAGAGGAGCCAGUGUUAUUCCAAGACAGACUCCGGGAUUGACGACGACUGCAACCAGACAGAAUCCAUUUGAACUUCUCAUUGCUCCAUGUCCUGAUGGAUGCGGACACGGCAAUCUGUUUUGGGAUGACGGCGAAACUAUUGUUAACGAUUUUGCUAAACACGACUAUCAUCAAUUCAAUUUCAAAUACAACAGCACCGCAUCAGCAGGAGUCAUUUACAUUAAUCAUGUUAAAAAGUCGUCAGUUUCUCUACCGACAUUGGACAUUAUUGAAAUUUUCAACUACAAAUACGCUCCAAAUUUCGGAUCAUUUAGACUUAACGGAAAACCAGUCAAUAUUAAUGUUCAGACUUCCUCGUACAGCGCGAUUACCAAGCGACUUUACAUUUCCACGAAAGGAUUGAUUAAUCUGAAUGUCGGCGAUCAAUUGAUUCUUGAAUGGACUAAUCAAGCUCGUGUUCCACUAAGCCGAGCUCAAGAAAAACGCUUGGCGAUGGAGAAGAAUCGCUACGAAUUUUUUUAA